GACAAGACACUUGUUUCUAACAGAAAUAUGAUCUGUUAUCAUUUUAUUCUUUUUUAUUUAUUUGGUUUAUUCGUAAGGGACAGACACAGAAACACAUGUAAAAGUGCAGGAGGGGUGUUCAAUGUUCUGUACAUGUCUUUGUAGCUGAAGCUAAUUUCCAAAACCGGUCCCUUAGUACAGUUAGGAUCUGUAAAAUGACCUUUGACUGUUAAUGAGAGUCAUGUAAUUUAUUAAUUGGACAUUGCUAGCCUAAAAAUGAAAGCUUAAGGAGAAGGAUAAGUUGAUCCUGGGGUGUUUGUGGUAAUAAUAAUACAACUCUUCCAUUGUCAGGCUCAAUGGCAGCUGGUGGUGAUCAAACAUCUGCAUGCAUUGCAUGCCUGAGGAACAUCUGGCUGAGCCUUGAAGCAAAACCAAGAUUUCCGUCCUGCUCCACUCCAUCUGUGCCCGAGCCGUGGAACCAGUGAGUUACCACAAUGAGACUUCACAUGACCUGAAGAGGAAGCUGAAACAGCUGAAGAUGGAAUUUCACUUCCUCAUUGAUGCAAGGGCAACUGGACUUUGAUGCUUGUGACAGGUUCAGAUAUUCUCCAGACCUCCAGACAGGAAACAGGUGGGGGCUCUGCCAUGGAUCAGCGGGAGGAGACGGAGGAGGGAGCCCCUCCCUCUAAAGCCACUCUGUGUGGGGAACAUGAGACUCAGACCAAAGUUCAGAGGCCAGAGCAGCAGCAGAGACCAGACUCUUCUGGACCUGAACGCAGCUGUGUGUCCAUCAAGAGCCACCGGUCCAUGGAUCCAUCUUUUCCCUCAGAAGGAGAACUUCCCUCUGAAACUCAGGUUCAGCAGCAAAGCUCAGAGUUUCUCCGUGGUCAGUCUGUACAGCAGCAUCCGGCAGACCUGGACUCUGUAUUUAUGCAUCUUAAGGAGAACAUUGUCACUUUUAUGAAGACUGAGCUGAAGAAGUUCCAAAAGGUUCUGAGUCCAGAUUACCCAGAAUGCUUGGGGAGCCAGAAUGGGGAUGAGGAAGAGCAGAGAGGAGCCAGAGAAGCAUUUCUGGAGAUCACCUUACACUUCCUGAGGAGAAUGAAGCAGGAUGAUCUGGCUGAAAGUUUGCAGAGCAGAACUGCUGCUGUAGUUUGUCAACGUCAACUCAAGUCUAAUCUGCAGGAGUAUUUGUUUGAGGGGAUCGCUAAAGCAGGAAACCCAACCCUUCUGAACCAGAUCUACACAGAGCUCUACAUCACAGAGGGAGGGACUGGAGAGGUCAAUGAUGAACAUGAGGUCAGACAGAUUGAAACAGCAUCCAGGAAACCAGACAGACCAGAAACGACCAUCAGACAAGAAGACAUCUUUAAAGCCUCACCUGGAAGAGCUGGACCAAUCAGAACAGUGAUGACAAAGGGAGUGGCUGGCAUUGGGAAAACAGUCUUAACACAGAAGUUCACUCUGGACUGGGCUGAAGACAAAGCCAACCAGGACAUACAGUUCACAUUUCCAUUCACCUUCAGAGAGCUGAAUGUGCUGAAAGAGAGAAAGUUCAGCUUGGUGGAACUUGUUCAUCACUUCUUUACUGAAACCAAAGAAGCAGGAAUCUGCAGGUUUGAUCAGUUCCAGGUCGUGUUCAUCUUUGACGGUCUGGAUGAGUGUAGACUUCCUCUGGACUUCCACAACACUGAGAUCCUGACUGAUGUUACAGAGUCCACCUCAGUGGACGUGCUGCUGACAAACCUCAUCAGGGGGAAACUGCUUCCCUCUGCUCGCCUCUGGAUAACCACACGACCUGCAGCAGCCAAUCAGAUCCCUCCUGAGUGUGUUGACGUGGUGACAGAGGUCAGAGGGUUCACUGACCCACAGAAGGAGGAGUACUUCAGGAAGAGGUUCAGAGAUGAGGAGCAGGCCAGCAGGAUCAUCUCCCACAUCAAGACAUCACGAAGCCUCCACAUCAUGUGCCACAUCCCAGUCUUCUGCUGGAUCACUGCUACAGUUCUGGACGAGGUGUUGAAAACCAGAAGGAGAGGAGAGCUGCCCAAGACCCUGACUGAGAUGUACAUCCACUUCCUGGUGGUUCUGCUAAAAAUGAAGAACGUCAGGAAUUAUGGAAGACCUGCGUCAGAUUCACACUGGAGUCCAGAGAACAAAGAGAUGAUUGAGUCUCUGGGAAAACUGGCUUUUGAGCAGCUGCAGAAAGGAAACCUGAUCUUCUAUGAAUCAGACCUGACAGAGUGUGGCAUCGAUAUCAGAGCAGCCUCAGUGUACUCAGGAGUGUUCACACAGAUCUUUAAAGAGGAGAGAGGCCUGUACCAGGACAAGGUGUUCUGCUUCGUCCAUCUGAGUGUUCAGGAGUUUCUGGCUGCUCUUCAUGUCCAUCUGACCUUCAUCAAGUCUGGACUCAAUCUGAUGUCAGAAGAACCAUCAACCCAGCUACGAUCUAAACUGUUUGGAAACAAACCUGAACCAACACAUUUCUACCAGAGAGCUGUGGACAAGGCCUUACAGAGUCCUUAUGGACACUUGGACUUGUUCCUCCGCUUCCUCCUGGGUCUUUCACUGCAGACCAAUCAGUCUCUUCUACGUGGCUUGCUGAGACAGACAGGAAGUGGCUCACAGACCAAUCAGGAAACAGUCCAGUACAUCAAGAAGAAGAUCAAUGAGAAUCUGUCUCUAGAGAGAAGCAUCAACCUGUUCCACUGUCUGAAUGAACUGAAUGAUCGUUCUCUAGUGAAGCAGAUCCAACAUUACCUGAGAUCAGGAAGUCUCUCCACAGAUAAACUGUCUCCUGCUCAAUGGUCAGCUCUGGUCUUCAUAUUACUGUCCUCAGAAGAAGAUCUGGACGUGUUUGACCUGAACAAACACUCUGGUUCAGAGGAGGCUCUCCUGAAGCUGCUGCCAGUGGUCAAAGCCUCUAACAAAGCUCUGCUGAGCGGCUGUAAUCUGUCAGAGAGAAGUUGUGAAGCUCUGGCCUCAGUUCUCAGCUCACAGUCCUCUAGACUGAGAGAACUGGACCUGAGUAACAACAACCUGUGGGAUUCAGGAGUGAAGCUGCUGUUUGCUGGACUGAAUAGUGCAAACUGUAAGCUGGAAACUCUCAGAUUGAGUCAGACCAGGCUCACAGAGAAAUGCUGUCAGGGUCUCUCAGCAGUCCUCAGUUCCAAGUCCUUUACUCUGAGGGAGCUGGACCUGAGUAACAACAACCUGCAAGAUUCAGGCUUGAAGCUGCUCUCUAUGGGACUGGAGAGUUCACAUUGUACACUGGAGACUCUCAGGUUGAGUGGCUGUAAUCUGUCAGAGAGAAGCUGUGAAGCUCUGUCUUCAGUUCUCAGCUCCCAGUCCUCUAGACUGAGAGAACUGGACCUGAAUAACAACAACCUACAGGAUUCAGGGGUAAAGCAACUAUCUGUUGGACUGAAGAGUGCAAACUGCAAGAUAGAAACUCUCAGGUUGCGUCAAACCAGGCUCACGAAGAAUAGCUUUCUGGAGUUGUCAUUGGUUCUCAACUCCCAUUCCUCUUGUCUGAGAGAGCUGGAUGUGAAUGAAAACAAUCUGCAAAGUCCAGGAACACAAACUUGCAGGUUGAGUGACUCCAAUCUGUCAGAGAGAAGCUGUGAAGACCAGGCUGCAGUUUUAAUAUCCCAGUCCUCCAGUCUGAAAGACAAUGGCCUUCAGAAUUCAGGAGCGAAGCUGCUCUCUGCUGGAUGGGAGUCUCCUCUGUGUAUGCCAGAAAAUAUCAGAUGGAGUGACUGCAGACUGCAGCAGAGAACCCGUCAAACCCUGGUUACAGGUUUGUAUUCCCAGUCCUCAAGUUUGCUUGGCCUGAGUAAAAACAACUUGCAGGACUCAGGAGUGAAGCUGCUCUCUGCUGGACAGGAGAGUCCUCAGGUUACGCCAGAAAAUUGCAGUGCGGAACAUGAAGAAGAGAGGCUGAAUCUGCUAAAGUAUGCCUGUGAUCUCACACUGGACAUAAACACAAUAAACAGAAACUUCAAACUGUCUGACAACAACAGGACGGUGACAGUGACGGAGGGGCAGCUGUAUCCUGAUCAUCGAGACAGAUGCUGGCCACUGCUGUGUAGAAAUGGUCUGACUGGUCGCUGUUACUGGGAGGUUGAGUGCGAAGGAAGAGUUUAUAUAGCACUGACUUACAGAGAGGUUGGAAGGAGAGGAGACAGUGCUGCCUGCAGGUUUGGACGAAAUGAUCAGUCCUGGAGUUUCUUCUGCUCUGGGAGUUAUGGUUACGCUUUCUGGCACAGUGGCGUGAAAACAGACAUCCCUCCCCCGUCCUCCUCCUCCUCUGUCUCUAACAGAGUAGGAGUAUUUGUGGACUGUCGUGCUGGCAUACUGUCUUUCUACAGAGUCUCCUCUAACACACUGAUCCUCCUCCACACCGUCAACACCACAUUCACUCAACCUCUUUACCCUGGGUUUGAGCUGCGACCUGGUUCCUCAGUGUCCCUGUGUUCAGUGUUGGAGGGAUGGUCUCCUCCUGUGUAAAGAAAUAUUAAACGCAAAGACUAUAUAUAUAUAUAUAUAUAUUAUAUAUAUAUAUAUAUAUAUAUAUAUAUAUGUGUGUGUGUGUGUGAGAAAUUGACCAUGAGAAAAGUUGAACAUGAUACUAGCUGCUUGUUCGGAUUAAAUGCAGUUACUGGGGGCAGAUCGAAUCAGAUAUAUUACAGCAGAGACACAAAGUGCCAGCCAAUGAGGUAUCUACAUUUUUAUAUCUAUGUUGGUUACCUGAACAAACUGCCCAAAGACGCAGCAGUGUGCUGAUAAAAGAACAGAAGACUAAGAUUAAGAAAAAAAUCAUUAUAAAAAAGUUUUUGUAAUUGUUUUAUGCAGUUAAACCUGUCUAGUAACAUGUACAUUUUAUAUCACUUUUUUUUGGUAUUUUAUAUCACUUUUUUUUUAACAUUGAAAAUAACUUUGAAUAUGGGUUUUAGAUGAAGUUAGAUUUUUCCUUUAAAAAUUAAAAACAAAAAAACAGUUACACAAAUAAGUACUAUAUUUUCAGUAAGAUCUUAUUGCCCAAAUGCUUGUGUGAAAAUGUGUUUUAUUAAUGGAAGAAAAUUAACCAGUGAUAUAGUUGAAUUGCACGGGGCUGCCUCCCCAUAUCUGCAGGGGCUCCAACGGAUGUUGUCACUUGUCAAACUUUCACUUUCAAAACCUCGUUGUGACGCAGAUGAUUUCCACCUGCUAAGACGACGGUGAAUGUGUGUUUUUAAUGUAAGUUUUCUGUCUUUUCUUCUGAAAUCACUCUUGUUGUCUGACAGUUUCAGCCUUUUGUUCGUGUUCACACCGACGUUUGUGUAAAUAAAACUGUUGAACGUU